GCGACGGGAGCCAUAUUUACGAAGAUGAACGAUCGUUCUGGAUUUUGUGAAUAGACUUGCGAAAUUUAUCACAGUUUUUCACCGAAUUCUUAAAGUUUUUACAUCCGACAUCGGUAUCAAUAUCUAAACAAAGGUUCAGUGAAUCCGGGGGUCGGAUGAUAGGCGAUUUGGAUGAUUUUCCCGUGGUGGAGAUUGUGAUCACGAUACUGGUUGCGCCAAUUGCAGAGAGUGAAAGGGACGCGUUUACACUGGUUCAAAUCAACAGAAUAAAGAGUCUCAGUGACAAGAUGUCCAGUUCUUGCAAUAGAGUGCAAAUUUGAAUUGAACAUAAAAGUCAUACAUUGAAUGCUGCCUUUGUGUGUUGACUCUUUGUUGAAAUCCCUGGAUUUCUCACUGAACAUUCCACACUAGAGUUAGGACUACAACUUUUUCAAGCCAGGUAGCAACAGGGAUUGCUAAAUAAAGGUAACUGGUUCUGUCGAUUCAUAUUAUUUGUAUGAGAUUUUUUUUAUACAAAUGUGUCAGUGUGAAGUCCACGCGGGGAAUAGCUAUGUAGGAAAUAAUACCAUGAGUGCCGACUGACAACUAUGGUGAAGGAAGUAGAAAAUCAGGGUCUUGCCAAUGCGACAUACACCAAAUGGCUUCUUGAAGCCAUCAGGAAGGUCAAACAUCAGAAGCAGCGGCCCUGUGUUGAACGCAUCUUCCACGCUGUAAAGCAGUACCACAAAGUAACCAAGGAAUUGAUUGCAGAGCAGUUGGAGCUUGCCGUCAAUGAUGGAUCUGUUCUGAAAGUGUUUAAUAAAGGACUGGUCUCUUACAAAGACCCUGUCAGAGUUGCGAAGUUGAAAUCACGUACACUGAGACUUAGCAGUAAGACAGACAUUGUGAAAGUGAUUAUCAGGUGUAUAAAAGAACUUGGCGAAAUAGGUGGUUCAUCUCUACAGAGUAUUGAAAAAUACAUCAAGUCAAGUUAUAACGUUGACGUUUUGGAUGAUACUGAUUUGUCUGAGCACUUGAUACUUGGGGCAUCAAAUGCAGUGAAUGCAGGCAAACUGAUUCAGGAUGGGCGAAUGUACAAAGUGAGUUGUGGAAGUAGCAGCGGAGAUACAGAUUCCAUUAACGAAAGUACUAGUGGAAGCAGCAGCAAUACUUUCCAACCCUACAAACUGGAAGAUGACCCCACUCUGAUCUACGACACUCUAGCCAAUGGACAACGAAAGUACCGGGCCCAGCCUAUGCCAGUAUGCUUUAGUUGUCUUGGUACUGUCGACGCAAAUGAGUAUGGAGAGCAUGAGGAACUGAUCUCUUGUGCCGAGUGUGGUUAUAGUGCUCAUCCAUCUUGCCUGAAGUUCUCCAAGGAAAAGACUGUCACGGUCAAGAGUCUGCGCUGGGAGUGCAGUGAAUGUAAAGUGUGUGCCUUCUGUGGGGAAGUAGAUGCAGAAGAGGAUGAGAUAAGUUUGCAGAUCUGUGAUGCCUGUGACCAAGGAUUCCAUUUGGAUUGUUGUGAUCCACCUCUUGCAAAGCCACAGAAAGGAUUUUGGAGCUGUGCCAUAUGCAUCCCAAGGUCUGCAGGGAAGAAGCGCUUUGGAGUGUUUGAAGACAAUAUGAGGAGAAAGUAUAGGAAAAGUGAGAAUGUUAAAAAUGGCAUAUUGACUGCUGCUCGUGAUACUCCACAGAAGUGCCCUACACCUGGAUGCGAUGGCUCUGGUAACAGUAAUGACAAAUUUACCCACCACCGGACGCAGUACGCUUGUCCCCGGCUGCCACCAAACAAACGCCCCAGGUACAAGUGCCGUCAGAAAAGCGUUGUGUCGGCUCGAACUGCUAAAAAAGCUUCCACAGGGAGCAGCACGACAACUACAACCACCAUCACGACAAUACAUGGUAAUAAAUCAACUAAAUCAACGACCCCUACUGUCCAAAACGGUGAUCACAAUUCCUCUUCAGAGAGCGAGGAAGAACAAACGCCAAACCCACCACAACAAUCGCCACCAGAACCAGCCAAAACUGAAGCUGGGUUCGAAUCGACUGGGUUGGCAAACAAACCAAAAGGUUUGAUUGACGGACUAUCACAGUUCUUUACCCCUAGCAAUAAAAGGAAAUCUAGGGUCUCCCUCAACACUGACAUUGCUUUACCCAACAAAACAGGUGACAUAGUUUUACCCAACAAAGAGGUCAAAGUGCAAACCAAAGCAAAGCCAACUCAACCGCAGAGUAAAACACAACAGGCUGCAAGCCGACUUCUGAAGAAGUCUCGUGUUAUACAGGCUAACAAAGGACGUCAGCGACAGCAGACGCAUACAGGUCCUCCUGGAAGUGGCCAGCUAAAAGGAUUGUUUGACGGACUCUCACAUUUGUUUGCUGCACCUGGCGAAACAAGAAAACGUAGUUCUGCUGUUUAUGCUCCGCCAAAGCGCAUGAGAUUUCUUAAGUUUGGUCGUCAGUUAUCUGAACUUGGACGAGACGCUGUCGGAUCCCAACUGUCAGAGGUAGCAACAGGAAGGGGCAGGGGGAGAGGUGCUGCGUCGGAGCGAGUGGGAACGAGUGCGACACCUGCAGACAAACAAGGGCCAGGAGAGCACCCUAAGAACGUCGCAUCAUCGAGCAUGGGUCGUGGGCGAGGACGGGGCAGGGGAAGCACUGAAGGGGCAUUAUUGAGUGGUAUGAAUCGGUCGUCGCUACCCCCAGGUGUGACUGAGAGGGACAUUGAUCUGUUCAAGAAGGCCAGACAGAGAGCUAUGCAGACUAUACUCUUUCAGUCAACAGAAGGGGAAGUAGUACCAGCUAGUGAGCCUCAGGGACGAUAUCCUCCAUGUAUAGAGUUUGGCAAAUAUGAAAUCAACACAUGGUAUUCGUCCCCUUAUCCUCAAGAGUAUGCAAGAUUGCCAAAAUUAUUUAUUUGUGAAUUCUGCCUGAAGUAUAUGAAGAGCAGGAGUAUUCUACAGAGACACAUGGAGAAAUGUGGCCUGUAUCACCCGCCUGCCAAUGAAAUCUACCGAAAGGAUGAUGUGUCAGUAUUUGAAGUGGACGGGAACGUGAACAAGAUCUACUGUCAGAACCUGUGUCUCCUUGCGAAGCUCUUCCUCGACCAUAAAACCCUUUAUUACGAUGUGGAGCCAUUUCUCUUCUAUGUACUGACAGUCAAUGAUGACAGUGGAUGCCAUCUUGUUGGGUAUUUCUCAAAAGAAAAACACUGCCAACAGAAAUACAAUGUCUCAUGCAUCAUGACGAUGCCACAGUACCAAAGAAAAGGUUUUGGUAGAUUCCUCAUUGACUUCAGUUACUUGUUAUCACGGAUAGAGGGUCAGACUGGUUCUCCAGAGAAGCCCCUAUCGGACUUGGGCCGAGUGAGUUACCAGGCCUACUGGAAGAGUAUCAUCCUUGAGUACCUGAACAAGUACCAGGAGCAGAGUAUCACAAUCAAGGGUGUGAGCAAGGCCACAGGAAUGUGUCCUCAUGACAUUGCUGCCACCAUUCAGCAGUUGACCAUGGUCUGCAAGAAAGAAGACGGACAAAUUGUGAUUUGUGUUGACAAGAAUCUGUUGAAGGAGCACAUGGACAAACUGAAGGCCAAGCAGCACGAGAGGCGGAAACUGGAUGAUGAGGGCCUGCGAUGGACACCGUUGAUCUCAACUAACACUCUUGCUGAGGAGGAGAAGAAGCUCGAGAAAGAGUUGAAGGAAAUGGGUGCAACUCUGAAGGGCCUUGUGCAAGAACGGAAAUCAGACUCUGAAUCGCCUGUGAAAACACCUCAGAUGAAGAAGAAGCGAGGUCGGCCACCAAGGAAGCAUCUCUUGCAGGAUGAACCACCCUCAAAGCUGCCAAAGCUUGAUCUCAGUCAGGCUGUGAAAUCUGCGGAAGUUGAACCCGAGAUGGAAUCUCCUUGUAAGAUGGAUAUCUCUGAGACAAAGAUCAUAGCCAAUGGUGACACACUGCCUGAGCUUGAAGCAGACGUGGUGGUUAGACCCAAGCGACAAAUCCGUCGGCGGAGGAAAGCACAAGGCUGGCCGAAGGGUGCCAAACGAGGGAAAAAGAAGGUCGUUGUUAGUGAGGUGACUGGCAGGAAAAGGCCUGGAAGGCCUCCGAAGAUCCAGCACACGACCCUUGCAGAAACAACGCAACCGACUCUGGCAAAUGGUGAGGUGAAUGGUACCAGUGAUCUCAGUGAUAAGGAGGAGUCUGACAAGGAACAAGACGAGGAGGAAGAAGAAGAGGAGGCGUGUGAGGGAGGCAAUGGAACAGCUGAAGAGACCAGGCACGAGAAUUCAAACGAUGUUGGGGACGAUAGCAAAAAAUGUGCGGAGGACAAUCAGUGCAAUACACACGCUGAUAAUGGCGAUGAACCGGAGUCGCCCCUGGUUAGUGACGAUGAGAAUGAUGAAAAUAAAGCACCAAAGUUGGAUAUUCGUGAUAAGCAAGUUGAUGUGGUUAAGGAAAAACUGUUUGAAUCCGAGAAACCGCUAGAUUUAGAUGUAAAUGACGCUAAGCCUGUUGUUAAGAGUGUUGUGAAUGCUGCUGUUGAUUCUGAUUCAGACUCAGACUCUCAGUCGUCUGAUUCAGACAGUGACGAUGAUAGCGAGGACAAUCAUCAGGAGGAUAUCAUUCAUAAAGUGCUUUCGCCUGUUGUUGUAUCUACGCAGUCUCCUCCGUCUCUUACCCGAGCUGAUAUUGAUGAGUCAGGAGAGAGUGAGAUCGAUGAAACAGACUAUAGUCACGAGGAGCCCAUUAAGGACCAGGACCAAGAACCUCUUGGUAGGGAGGAGAAAUUAAGUACCGUAGAGGAAGCCGUCGGAAAUAUUCCUGAAAUUCAUCAUGAGGUUUUGCCCUCUCCGGGACCUGAACGUGCCAUUGAAGUGUUUGAAAGCUCAGGCCUGCGCGACUCGGGUGUUGAUGAUUUUAGCGAGGAAUCAUUCGUAAAAUCGGACACGUCUGACUCAGAGGCCAAUAUCUCGGCUUCUCAUGAGGAGUUCAAGGAUCUACAGCAUGAUUCAGUUGUGCAGGAAACGUUGGCAUCCACGCGCAAUUUAGGACAGAUUUUGGCUGACGAGAUGGGACAGAAUUUUGAUCAGAUAGACAGUAGUGCCACUUCUGCGACUAGUUUACCUGUGGGUAAUGUUAGUCAGCAGGAUGCCCUGAAUUCAGGAAGUGUGGAUCACGAGGAUGCCCCUCCUCUUGCACCUAGUCAAAAGGCCAGUCAGACUUGUACCAGUGCUGGUAAAGUUUCAUAUCAAUCCACACAUACCGUAUCUAAUUCUACUUCUGUGAGGCCAAGUGGCACCUUGGUGACCUCGCGUAGUCCUAAUCCGCACAUGCAGGCUGUGAGUGGCAGUCCUGCUCGUGUUGCCAGUAGUCCUUCUACAUGUAUGCCAUCACCGGUGAUGAGUAGUCCCAAAAAGGCCAGUUCAACCAGUAGUAUGAGAAGUCCUGGCCCCUAUGGAAAUCCAGGUAGUGUACCUUCUCACAGUAUGAACAGUCCCCAAGUUGUUACCGCUAAUAUGAACAGUCCGAAUGUCAUCUCUGCCAACGUUCACAGUCCGAAUCAUGGAAAUGUUGUGCAGGGUAAUCUUAGCAGUCCAGCUGUGCACGGAAACCUGAACAGUCCGAGCGUUGUUAGUUCAGCCAAUGUACGUAGCCCGCAGGUGACGAACAUUCAUAGUCCGAGCAUGUUAUCUGGGAAUAUUCACAGUCCAAGUGUGGUUAGUUCAAAUAUGAACAGUCCUAAUGUUGGCCCUGUGAGCAUGAACAGUCCUAUCAUGGCCGCAACUAACAUGAGCCCUAACAUGGCACCAGCCAACAUGAACAGUCCUAACAUGGCACCACAAAACAUGAACAGUCCAAAUAUGGUGCCACAGAACAUGAACAGUCCAAAUUUAGGACCGAAUAACAUGAACAGUCCGAACAUGCAGCCCAACAUAAAUAGUCCGUCUGUGCCAAGUCCACAUCAGAACUUGGCUAAUGCCAACAGGAACUUGCCUCACAAUGGAUACGGAGGCCAUGGUGUGGAAAUCGAUGUGACUCAGUUGGGAUUGGAGUCGCCUGCUUCAAAUUGCAGCAACGAGAUGACAGGAAAUGCAGUGGACACAAGCCCGCCGCAGAAUUACUCCGACUGUGCACGCAUUCAGAACUCUUACUGCCACCCUGGUAACUAUAUGGAGACAGUGAAUAUGCAUCGUAUGCAGCAGCAGCAGCAGCAGCAGCAGCAGCAACUACAACAGCAACAUCAGCAAGCCCAACCUCAGCCAUACAUUCCUGCAGUUUCUAAUCCUGGAAAUGUGAACUACAACUGUCCGCCUAACCCAUCGUUUACACCUCCUGUGCCACAGAACACUCAAAGACUUACUCAUAGCUCAUGUGCCAUCUCUGUUGGUCGACAGACCCCAUACCAGACAAAUACCAGUUGUAGUCUUGCCAAGUUGCAGCAACUCACUAAUGGCAUUGUUGAUAUCAUACCCGAGAACACCAUGACACCGCCGCCAAAUCUCACGCCGCCACCCGUCACAAUGACACCGCCGCCAUCUGUACAAAGAAACGUCACGCCACCCAUUCCAAAUCUUCAUACUCAAGUUACAUCGCCGUCGACAAAUCAUUACAAACCCUACCAGCGCCGCAUCAUGCAGAAAAGUCCGAAUGUAACAGUGAAGCCAAAUAUGAGUUUUACUCCGAAUGUGACAAUCCAGCCGGGCAGCAAUGUGAUCACUGGUUACAAUGUGUUGAAUAUGAAUGGUUAUAGAAUGCAGCAGCCAGUGAUCAAUCCUAGUUACCAUAUCAACACUGGGUACCUGAAUCAACCACAGACACUGCCUGUGCAGAUGGGAGUGGUCAACAUGCAUCCGCAGGCGAACUUUCAGCAACAGAUGCAGAUGCAGAUGCAAAUGCAGCCUCCUCAGCACAGCAUGAACAAUGCGGUUUAUACGUACGGUUACAUCAAUGGCAUGCCAACACAGGCAUUCAAUAUGAACAUGAAUCGUCGGUAGCAGGCUGUAAGACUUCUGGGAACAAACUUGAUCAAAUAUAUUGAAGAGAGGCUCUAAUAUUGUGGCCUCAGUUAAAGGGAACUGGAACCGCCGAGCGAUUUAUUCAACUUUUCGACUUUCACCGCCCGAGAAAGUCGAACUUCCAACUUCAUAUUCGAGUUCAAAUUUGUAGCUCCGCCCCCAGUGCCCGAGCAUGCGCAGUUCAAUUUGUUAUCAUUGAGAAUCAUGUGAGAAUCACGUGAGUCAUGCGAUCUUUCAUUCAUGAGUUUUCGUAGUAAAUUCCAUAGUAGUGACGUCACUCAAUGAUUGACAGCUAGGCGCCAUGUUUCAUUCAUGCCUCGUUCUGAUCACCCGAUACGCGGGAAAUGAAAACGAGGUCAUACGAACUGGCUCGGCGGUUCCAGUUCGCUUUAACAUGUUGGUGUUUCAAAUAAAUAUGCUGGUUACUGCCCACAAUAGACUUGCCGGAAUCCCUUGUGGCUGGUGAAAUGAGGGAUGAAAUAGCUGCCUUCGAUCCCUUAGAAUAAUAUUUGUACAAAAGAUUCUGGGAAAUCCAUUGUGGCCCGUAAUCUGUAUAUUAAUUUGAAUCGCACCGUGGCUAAGAGCUGCCGUUUCAUAAUGUCACUUUACAAUCUGAUCUAGUUGCGGGGAAUGCUAUGCUCAAUGUGAUACUCAUCUGCGGAGUAUAAAGGCAGGCAAUUCUGAAUAGUGACCGUGUUCUGCAGUAGGUUGGCAUAUUGCGUUAUUGGGAGUGUCCCUCUGAAAGGUGGUGCUACUCUGAGGGAACAUUGUACAGUUUAACUGGUGUUGGAAGUAUCUUUAUUCUGUGGCUUGGGCAGUAUCUUUUCCAUAUGUUUGAACAAGUUUGUUCUCUGUCCUUCAAAAGUUCUGAUCACAAACCAUAUCAUAAUAUAUUACCUGGUGCAAGGUUUCUGCGUGGCAUGACCUUUAAAGUAAAACUGCUUAUUUUAGCUUUCUAUCCCAGAAUGACUGGCACUUGCUGUGAUUGAAAAUCACAAAAUGUGUGCUACGCUAUUUAAUUAAGUUGCUCUAUCUUCACAACAUGUAAAUAGGGAUGUGUAAAUAUGAUGACUAUGUUUUUAUGAGGACCAUUCUCUGUGUUCCUUGGAUGCUGCAGACAUUAAAACCUAUUGUUUGUGAUAUUUCAACUUUCUCUACUGUUGUAUAUGUAAAGCAAGUGGUCACGAUAUGAAUGUCUUGGGUUCAUAGUAUUUGCCCAGUUUUGGUUGUGAUCGGAGUAGUAGAUUUUAUCAAGGUUGCUGAAUCGGAUGAACUGGAAUUGAUUUUCGUUUCAUGCAAAUUUUCAGCUGUAGGGUUUUAGGGAAUGUCAGGAAAAAGCUGCAAACGAAUGCCAAAAUAAAUGUAGUGGGAUGGCAAUGUAGGCUAUGUUGCAUUAUGUGUCCCGUAACCUGUAAUAUUUAUCUUGACACCAUAUCCAAGAAGUUCACCUGUACAUUGCAAUUGUACACAGUGAUGUAUCUAAUGUACAGUGAACCUCUUGGACUUUAGAUUUGCUUUAGUUUUAAUUCUUGGUUGUAAGUGUAUACAUGUACAUAUAUAUUCAGACUCCCGUCUCAGGCAGACCUGAUUUCUUGUACAGUUUUUGUAAUUCCUUUGGUACCUUGUGUUGUACCGAGUUCGACAUGGUAUAUUUUUGUGUAGAAAGAUGACAUUGUCGCCGUGCAUCCUGUGCAUUUAUCAAAAUAAAUUAUGUACAUUAUUUAGAAUCAACCUCA